CCGUCGUCGCCGCCGCCGCCGCCAACGCCGCCGCCGCUCUUUCGUACUUCACCGAGUUCAGUUCGAGUCGCGAAGUCGAGCUAUUUGGAAUAUUGACGCGCGUACGUCGCUUCCUUCGAUUCGAUCAACCAUGAGCACCAAGGAAAAUAACGAGGUCGCCGUCGAGAAGGUGACAGAGAACGACAAGGCAUCCGCGGACGCAAAAUGCGACAUCAAGGGGAUUAAGAGGCCAGCCGAGGAGAAGAAUGAAGAAACAAAGAAACAGAAAAAAGAGGAGAAUGGAGAUGGUGAGGUAGAAGAAGAAGAAAUUGAAGAAGAAAUCGAAGAGGAAGAGGAAGUAGACGGUGAUGGAGAAGAAGAUGACGAUGAUGAUGACAUACCAGAAGGUGAAGAAGAUUUAGAAGAGGGAGAAGACGAAGAGGACGAUGAUGCGGAAGGUGAGGUAGAAGGUGAGGUAGAAGACGACGAAGACGACGCAUAAUGAAAAAAGGGAAAACAUUAUGCAAUUAAGAAGGGAGGCGUUAGGCACGUGACGACAUCAUGGUCGAUUUUUGGCAAACUCAGCAAACUUACUCUCAUAUUGAGUGGUUGGUAACAAUGUUGAUAUCCAUCGUGCCCAAUCCGUGUUAUUGGAUCCUCUCUAUCUUCCGACCUACAAGUAAAAAUUACCAUCUUACCAGAAUUGUGGUGGGCUGAUGCAUUAGAUGUAAUUCUCUACUUGUCUUGGCUUCUCGCAAUUCUGGUUUAGCCGUCACCAAAUGCUGUUAGGUAGUUUGAAUGAUAACUGUAUAUUCGUCCUGAGGAUUCGAUUAGUUGACACCUUAUUUUCUGUCUAGAUUCUUAUUUCCAUCGCGAACCGAUCGUUCAAUCGUUUGUGCGCACGAGUCCCAAGACGAAUCUACCGUUUUAUCCGAACCACCUACUAACUGGUAUUUGCCGUCAUCUGGCUUUCUUCGUCGGGACAGUUAAAUAUAACAAAACUUAUUUAAGAUAU